GUUAAAUAUAAGUCUCUGACUGUCCUAAACAAAGCUACCGUCCCCUUGGGAAGGGUGACGUCUCCACAGUAACGUGAUUGCUUCUUCGGAAGCAGAAACGUGUAAACGCUAUAAAACGCGGCAGCGCGGCGGGCAGCUCAGAGCGUGUGGCGAGAUCGGAGCUCUCCUCUGCUUCCUCCUCUUCGUCAUCCGCCACUUGCUGCCGCCGACGCCCCAGAGCAGCGCAGCCCCGCAGCGGGGCAGGGCGCAGGCCCCCAGCAGUGCUCCGCUCCGCUCGGCUCCGCGCCCGCCCAGCCAGCCCCAUCGACAGACUCGCGGCUCCGUGGCAGCCAUGGAGCACCGCGGCACCUCCCCGCUUCUUCUCGCCCUCGCCCUCCUCAGCGCCCUCUGCUGGCGGGCGCGGGCUCUGCCCCCGCGAGGAGCCGCCUUCCCUCCCGUCCCUCGACUGGGAAACAGAAUGCCAUUUGAUGGAGCCAGUGAACCUAACCAUGCCCACGGGUCAUUAAAGUCUGAAUCAGACAUUUUGCAGAACACACUACCUGAAAACGAGAAAUUCUAUUUUGAUCUGUCCAGAAUUAUUGAUAGCUCCCAGGACAGUCCUGUCAAACGCCACUCUGAUGCUGUCUUCACUGACAACUACAGCCGCUUUCGAAAGCAAAUGGCUGUGAAGAAAUACUUAAAUUCAGUUUUAACUGGAAAAAGAAGCCAAGAAGAGCUAAACCCUUCUAAACUUCGAGAUGAAGCAGAACUUCUUGAACCUUCCUUUUCGGAAAACUACGAUUCUGUAGAUGAGCUGCUGAGCCACCUCCCACUGGACCUCUGAAGGACACCUGGUAAAGUCUAUGACAAGAACAAGCUAUUUUUGAGUUCCACGUAGUAUUUCAAUGAGAUGACUUUAGUCAUCAAACCAGAACAAAUAUGUUGUGAAGUGAAAGUUGUGAUAUAUUUGUUUCUUAUGUAAUAAAAGUUGAUAUUUACAUUGUAAAUACUAGAGUUCUCUACUGAAAGCUGUACAUAUGGAUGCCAGUUUAACUCAUGAGAAGUCUGUGAGUCCAUAUGCUGUAAAUCCUUUACUUCAAUAAAUUCAUUUGAAAAUGA